AUGUUCAGCAGCGCUCCUGCACGUUUAGUGGUGAGUAUCGCUGAAGAACAAAUCCCUCAAUAUUUGACUUGUAUAAAGGGAAUACUUCUGCCUUGGAGUUCAACGAUCAAUGCAACCAUCACUUUUACUGAUAUUCAUGUAUUUUUCACGCUGCUCUUCCGUUUCGCACUUACGCACCUCAAUUCAGAGUCACCACCUCAUCUUCGCGCCUCACAUCUCAACGCCAAUAUCAUCCCAACCCAUCGCCCGUAA